AUGAGCAGCCUCAACGAAUUAUUGAAAACUAAGGGACAAAAUUUGCGCCGAGUGACUACGCGAGUGACUUUACCGAGUGGACGAGUAUUUCAUGAAGGCGACGGAGUUGCAGUGGAGAGUGAACAAUCUUACGGUUUUGUCAUCGAUAACACACCAGAUCUACAGGUUGGCCAAGUAGAGGAAGGCCUUUUUGUCGCUUCUCAAGAUGUUGCCAAUGAUGCAGAAUUGAUUAAACAGUAUGGGAUCACCCACGUACUGAACGUUGCCGGAGUUCCAUCUCAGAAAUUACUUGACCUUCACUAUCUCGAUGUUCACAUUUUGGACUUGCCCGAAGAACCGCUAAGUUGUCAUUUUGCCAAGUGUUUUGAGUUUAUAGAUGAAGCGCUUAAAAACGGUCGUGUGCUUGUCCAUUGUAAUGCUGGUGUUUCUCGUUCUGUUUCAAUCGUGGUCGCCUUCCUAAUGUGUCGUCGACAAAAGAGUCUCUGUGAGGCUAUAAGUCAAGUCAAAGCUGCCAGACCAAGAGCUCAACCUAAUGCGGGAUUUGUAAAACAGUUGAAGAUGUACGAGUCUAGUAUUUUGAACAAUGAUUCAAAACCUAACAGUUAGAGUGAAACCUUCUUAAUACACGAAUUGCCACAUGCCAA